UUCACUGCUAUCAACACGACUUCACGCGGUAGCACACCCCUCCAAAAUCAGCCGUGCUUAAAAACUUUUUUUGAACCUGUAAAAGUUAGACAAGUUCACGAAAACUGCCAGAAUCAUGAGCGCGAGUAUACUGUCGCUGCUUCUUCGCGACGAGGCAAUGAUUUUCCCUGCCGUUGUGUCGUUAUUGCACGCAUAUCAACUGGCAAACAUGGCUAAGGCUGUGGGGAGUUUGCGUCGUAAGUUCAAGGUGUCCCCUCCGGCCAUCAAUGGAGAUCCUGGCUUUGAGAGAGGCUUCAGGGCUCAACAAAAUACUUUGGAAUUCACUCCGAUGUUCAUGAUUCUUCUGUGGAUUGCUGCGAAGUUUCUGAACCCAGUUCUUGCAAGUGUGACUGCCCUUCUGUACAUCAAGGCGCGUUCGGACUACUUUACUGGGUACUGCGCACGUGCAGAAGAAAGGAGGGGCCCGUUUGGUCGCAGUGUGAACAUCAUCAUGCUGCUGUUUGCGUACAGCGCUAUCGGCCUGACACACACCAUCCUGGCGACAUACUUCAACGUCAACAUUCCCAAACUCGUUGGUUUGGGCGACUACAUUCUGCUUGACUAACCACAAGUCAAGGAGCAACAGGCUAAAUUGGGCAGCAAGACUGCGGCCAGCGUGAAUCAUCCGCUUCAUUAAUUCAGAGUACUUAAAGUGAACGUACUCACUAGCGUAUUUGAUGAAAACCAUUCCAUGAAAUAUUAGCGUUAGUUUAACUAUGAAUAAGAAUACAAAAAGCCUUUAAUAAUAUUCAUAAUUUAUGCUUAUAAAGCGUUUAUACUGAAGGUUUCAAAGUGGUUACUAUUCCAGUUCAUUGGCCAUGAGACCAUUUUUAUUUCUGCAGCAGCUGGAGAUCAGCGCAAUCUGGUCUCUACCUUCACAGGUACCCAUUUAUACUCCUGGGUGGAGAGGCAAUUGUAGUAAAGUGUCUUGCCCAAGAACACAAACGCCAUAUUCCCAUAAGCAUUCGAACCCACGUACCAUGGCCACACAAGGCAAACACCGUAACCUUUGGAGCACAGCGCUCCACAAAAUUUAGCUUUUACAAAAUUUAGCACAAGAAUUGUUCUGAACACCUUGAUGAAGUCUAAAGUGAACAUGAUUCAGAAGAGAAUUCAUAAAUCAGGUAUAAGAGAGUCUUUUCAGAUCAAGUUAGCUGGAAUCUGUUCAAAUAUUUACACAUAAUCUUGAAUACGUAAGGAAGUUGAACCAAUAUUAGGUUUCAAAAACCAUAUUUUCAUUCCAACUUCAUCUCGUUAAGUUUGUUUUUGAAAUUUUUAAAGAAAUUGUUGGUAAAGCAACGUAUCUAUGAAAUCAGUUAAAAGCUUUAGUUAGCUAGCUGUAUCAUGCCAAAAAAUCAAGUUGAAAUGUAAUUAUUUUUACUUUAGUUUUCUUCUAAUUGAAUGUCAAAAUUAAUAAGCAGAGUGUGUGUUUUUUUAGACUUGUGAAAUAAAUCAAAAUUUCUAACAAA